AUGACAAGAAGACUUUUAGAAGGGACAACGUGGAUUAUUCCCACUUCCUGCUUCCUUCUGGGAUGUUCGCUGUCCUACCAAGCCGCAACUUGUGACGUUUUCCCAGGAGCAUCACUCUACCUCUCUCUUGGAGGGGUCCGUCUAACACUUGGGUCGGCGGAAGUAUGACCGCGCUGGCCGGGUCUAUCCCCAGGAUGAUGCGACCCACGCUGGCUCAGAACUACCCACGCGGCGGCUUCCCUCUGGAAGUGUCCACGCCGCUGGGUCAAGGCCGCGUCAACCAGCUGGGUGGGGUGUUCAUCAACGGCCGACCUCUGCCCAACCACGUUCGCCAUAAGAUCGUGGAGAUGGCCCACCACGGCGUCCGGCCCUGCGUCAUCUCCAGGCAGCUCCGGGUCUCCCACGGCUGCGUGUCCAAAAUCCUGUGCCGAUACCAGGAGACCGGCUCCAUCAGGCCGGGGGCCAUCGGGGGCAGCAAAGCCAAGCAGGCGACGACGCCGGAAGUGGACAAGAGGAUGGAAGACUACAAGCGGGAAAACCCGGUGGGAUCCACCAGGAGCAGGUUUGGGGGUAAAGGUGAUGAUGAAGAUGAAGAUGAUGGUGAGAAGAUGGAGGACACGGAGCGAAGGGCCAAACACAGCAUUGAAGGCAUCUUGGGAGACAGAUCGAGUCACUCGGAUGAGGGUUCCGAUGUGGAGUCAGAGCCUGACCUUCCAUUGAAAAGGAAACAGCGGCGUAGUCGGACCACAUUUACGGCAGAGCAGCUGGAGGAGCUGGAGAGGGCCUUCGAGAGGACCCACUACCCCGACAUCUACACCAGGGAGGAGCUGGCCCAGAGAGCUAAACUCACUGAGGCCAGGGUGCAAGUAUGGUUCAGCAACCGGAGGGCCAGAUGGCGGAAGCAAGCGGGAGCCAAUCAGCUGAUGGCCUUUAAUCACCUGAUCCCAGGAGGUUUCCCACCUUCGGCCAUGUCCAGCAUUCCCGCUUACCAGCUCUCCGACAGCACCUACCCGUCUUCAUCUAUAGCACAAGUCUCUGAUCCACCCAGCACGCUGCAUCGACCGCAGCCUCUUCCGCCCUCCUCGGGUCACCAGGUGUCAAGUGGUGGCGGACAAGGCGAAGGAAACUCCGCCUACUGCCUGGCGUCCGGGCGCCACUCCUUCUCAGGAUACUCGGAAAGCUUUGCGAGUCCGGGCGUUCCGGCUAAUCCCAUGAACCCAGCCAUCGGAAACGGACUCUCUCCGCAGGUGAUGGGUCUGUUGAACCCGGGCGGUGUUCCACAGCAACCUCAAAGUGACUACGCCAUCUCACCUCUGACUGGUGGCCUCGAACCUCCAACCGGGAUGGCCACCAGCUGUAGCCAACGCGCAGAUCACAUCAAAGGUCUGGAAGGUUUGACCAGCGUUCCCUCCAUGUCUACGCUGCCGUCCCUGCCCAGCUCGCAGUCGUACCGCCCCCCCUCCUACAGCUCCCAGGCCUACACGGUGGACCACAUGGCGUCCUACCAGUAUGGCCAGUACGGACAAAGUAAGGUGCCUUUCCUUAUCUAAGACCUGAGAUCGCCUGAGAAGAAGCUGAAGUCCAUGCUGUGUGAAGGAGAUCCUUCAUAGGACCAAAACCAACCAGGACAUUACUCCACUGCUUCUCGUGGAGGACAACUAAAAAAAGGGACCACAAGCAGGAAUAUCCCACCAAAAUCCGUUGAUCCAUUGUGGACAUUGUCCCAUCACAAUGACGAUGGGCGGCACACCUUCGGCACAUAGGACUUCCCAACAUGCCUCAAGCCAACUCCUCCUUCCUGUGGGCUCUUUUAGAAGACAGCAAAGCCAAACGUCAGCAGCCGUUGGAGAUCUUAAGGCCACAUGAGGACGUAUGAAAUUCCACGUAACGCCAAAUUACUCUCCCAAAUGGUUGUUGCCUGGAGGGAAAAGGAAGAGGCCUUUGCUGAUUUUAUCUUUAUGCCAUUUAUUUGAGAUCCCACACAAGCCACACAUGGAGAGGAAUUCCAGAGGCAAAGAAAGCAAACACGGGAAUAUGAAUAUGUGGCUUCUAUUAUAUCGGAAAGUCGAACAUACACCACAGCUGUACUGCACGGAAAGUUGAUUUAAACCUCCAUCCAUCCAUCCAUCCAUCCAUCCCUCCAUCCAUCCAUCCAGCCAUCCCUCCAUCCAUCCAGCCAUCAAUCCAUCCAUCCAUCCAUCCAUCCCUCCAUCCAUCCAUCCAUACAUCCAUCCAUCCAUCCAUCCAUCCAUCCAUCCCUCCAUCCAUCCAUCCAUCCCUCCAUCCAUCAUCCAUCCCUCCAUCCAUACAUCCAUCCAUCCAUACAUCCAUCCAUCCCUCCAUCCACCCAUCCAUCCAUCCAUCCAUCCAUCCAUCCACCCAUCCACCCAUCCACCCAUCCACCCAUCCAUCCAUCCAUCCCUCCAUCCAUCCAUCCAUCCCAGCACUGCCCCUCCUCCGUCUUCCUCCCUGUUCUCACUGACGUUUUGGACAGCGAGGCACGGAUCUUGGCCUUUUGUAGUCGUCCAGAGUCCUCGCAGGAGGUCAGGGGUCACCUGAGGGAAAGUGACAGAUGAGGGAGCAGUAGAGGAGGGCGGCACGGAAGGGGCUUAAAAUAAAGGAAGGGUUGAUAGGCAAGAUGGAUCACAGGCUAAACCCUUUCAAGAUCUUCCUCUUCCCAAAAAAAGCCAGCAGGUCACAAGUCAGGACCGCCAGACACUCCAGGAUGCGAAAGCACAACAACGUUUGGAUAAAAGAUGGACGUUCUCACAGCUGAGCAGAAGUGCAAUAUCAUGUAUCCGCAUCGUUUAAGAAACAUGCGCACGCACGCACACACACACACACAGACACACACACACACCCACACACACCCUGUGUUCUCUGUAAUGCUUUAUUGGAAAACUAGCAUAAACAGAAGUCCUGUAUUCUGUCCAAAGUGCUCAACCUUCCAGUAGGAGGACCUUCACAGUUCCUGGAUGCUUUCAAGUGAUUUUUAAACUAUUAAGGCUAAUUCUUUUCUUCAAAAUCAAAUAUGUUAAUUGUUAUGACAUAUUUUGACAAUUUGCAUUCCCUUUUUGGAUAAAACUCAACUUUAAUUUUUGUGAGCAUGGGAGUCGGUCCCACUUAUGUCGACAACUCCUUUAUGAAUACGCAUCAAGUCCUGGUUUAACAUGUUAUUAUUAUUUAAUAAUAAUCGAUUAAGUCAUCAUCACCAUCUCACAAGUGAGAAUUAGGGCCACUUUGAAAAAAAAAAUCUGAUUCGAGAACAAAGUUGUAGAUUUCCGAGAAUAAAAUUACCAAAAAAAAGUUGUAAAUUUCCAAGAGAAAAAGUUAUAUUAGGAGAAUAAAGUCGUAUAUUUAUGAGAAUAAAGUCUUACAUUUACGAGAAUAAAGUUGUUAUAUUCUUCUUGCUACAGGCAAAUUUUUAUUUAUUACCUGGCAGCAAUCAAAACAUUAGCAUAUCUACGCCUUAGCCGUACCCUCCACGUGCCCACGCGUGACACGGAAUAGUACAACUUUAUUCUCGGAAUCGUACAACUUUAAUCUCAAAAUCCCAGAUUUUUUUCCAAUGUGGGCCUGACUCCAUCGACCGCUUUCGUCAACAUAAAAUUAGAGACUCCUCAGGGUUUUGUCUGGGAAAAAUGGAGCCACAUUGUCAACUAAACCACAUUGAAGAGUGCAUUUACACAGCAUUGGGCGUGGCUUUUCUCCGGGUACUCCGCUUUCCUCCCACAUUCCAAAAACAUGCUAGGUUAAUUGGCCACUCCAAAUUGUCCAUAGGUAUGAAUGUGAGUGUGAAUGGUUGUUUGUCUAUAUGUGCCCUGGGAUUGGCUGGCCACCAGUCCAGGGUGGACCCCGCCUCUCGCCCAAGACAGCCGGGAUAGGCUCCAGCACGCCCACGACCCUGGUGAGGAUAAGCAAUAGAAAAUGGAUGGAUGAAACAUGCACAGUGACUUCCUGUUCAGCGUAAAGUAAGCUUCCAAAUAAACACGUGUUAGAAAUUAGCCUGAUUUCUCCCACAGCAACUAAAAAAAUGCAGCCAUUGAAUUAGUUCGAUUCUGUCAGCCGCUGGAAGACCACUUAGCCCACGAUCGAAACGUUUAUUAAAGAAACAAUAAAAUGACUGCAGCAGCUGUUAAAGAAAAGUAUAAGCUAUGAAAAAAUCUAACCAGAAGUCAACAAAGGUUGUCACUCAUUCUCCUGAAGUGUCUGACUAAAGUCACAAGUAAAAUGAUGUUGACGACCGCUUAUGUCGACACCCGAUAUAGGCGGGUUCCACUGUAAAUGAAGAGAAUGCGUACGUACAAAACCAAGCCACCAAUCCCAUGGAGCAAAUGUAAAUAUAGCUAAUAUGUCAUAUUCAUUCCAAACCAUUCCAAGUGGAUGUUAGCCAUAAAACAAAAAAAGGCAGCAAGUUGUCCACAAACAGGCACUCUGUUGUUUGAAUAUCUGUUUCUUAGAAGC